AUGUCAAAUUCCAAGAAUAACUCGUCUAGUAUACGUCGAAAGCUGGCCUUAGUUAUUGGCAAUCAAAGUUAUGUAAAGAAACCGUUGAGACAUUCCGAAAAUGAUGCUGAUGAUUUGCAUGAUGUUUUAACUAAGAUUGACUUUAAGGUUGACAGGGAACUAAAUUGUAAAUACGAUAAAAUGAAAGAUGCAAUCAAAACAUUCUCCGAAAAAAUCACGACCAACGACUUAGUGUUGUUUUAUUUUGCCGGUCAUGGCUUUCAAUAUGAACGGCAAAAUUAUUUGAUGCCUCUCGAUGCCAUACAAGAUUCAGAUGAAAUUAUAGUUGACAAAUCUAAAUUGAUACAAGUAGACGAUAUUUUCAAGAAGCUAUCAGCACAAACGGCCUACGUCACUAUUUUUCUUCUUGACUGCUGUCGAGAAAACUUAGCUGAUUAUAAAAUUAUUAAUUUGCAAGAUGUUGAAACAAGCGAUACAUCGACCAAGAAAACCAAAAAAUGUACUAUAACUGGUUCUAGAGGAUUAUUUAAAAUAAGAGCAGCUGGUGGUUCAAUUAUUCAGUUUGCUUGUGCUCCUGGUGAGUUAACAGCAGAUGGUUAUGAUCAAGGACGAAAUGGAUUAUAUACAAAAUACUUAUUGCAACACAUCGCUCAGCCAAAAACAGAGAUAAACUUGAUAUUUCGAAGAAUCACUCGAGAUAUUUAUAAAGAAAGCAAAGCAAAUCAAAAACCAUAUACAAGUAGCGAUAUUGUGACUGACGAACCAAUAUAUUUAAGCGCUGGCGAUUCUGAAGAUGCGACACCAUCUGAAGCGAUUAGACGAAAAUAUCAACAAUAUUAUGUAGAAUGUUUCAUCAAUACAUGUCAAAAGUUUCCUAUUGAAGAAUGCUAUAUUAAUUUAUCGAUAACAAGAACUGAGGAACAAGACAAAAACGAAAGGAGUCUGCAUAGUGCUAAUUCCGAUGAUGUCUUCAUAUAUAUAUAUGAAGAGAUUUAUCGAAAUUCGACAGCAAUAGAUAUCAAGGAUAUUUUUGAUAAAUGCAAAGAUCAACGAAAACAAGUACUUAUAACAGGACGAGCGGGGAUUGGAAAAUCAAUAUUUUGUCGAUAUGCUGCGUAUCAAUGGGCAGAAGGUCAACUUUGGCCACAUUACGAACUGGUUGUAUUAAUUAAAUUAAAUUCUUUAACACAUUUGAAAUAUAGCCUAGUUGAUCUUAUGGAAAAACAGUAUUUCCCGUGCGAAAAUUUAUCCGACAGUUACAAGCAGUAUUUCACGUCGCUAUGUGGUGAAGGUAAAGUUUUAUGGUUAUUAGAUGGUUACGAUGAACUUCCGUUAAACAUUCUACAUCAACCCGAUAGUGUAUUAAAUACUAUAUAUCAAACACAACAUCAUAUUUUGACCUCUCGUCCAUAUGCCAUUUCAUUGUCAUAUAAAACUCAGGUGGAAAUCAUAGGAUUUACUGAUGCCAAUAUCGCCAUGUACCUGAAUCAGUCCUUCGAGCAACCAAAUGAAAAUGAAUCCGAAAGUCAGAACCUGCUGACUUACUUGAAAUUGAACACUAAAAUUUGGGGUAUCGCACAUAUCCCACUGCAUCUAGAACUAAUAUGUUGCCUUUGGAGAGAUAACAAAAUAUCAAUGGUAGAAGACGCACUCGAAACACAAUCACUUGAAGUUACAAUGCUUUAUGAUAAGAUGGUUCAAUGGUUAUGCCAACAAUAUUUAACGGAACAAAAGCAUACGACAGUCUGUAAUUUGACUAGAACGUCAUUUCGAGAAAAGUGCAAAAAAGAACUAGAAUUCUUCGAGAAUGUAGCUUUUCAUGCUAUGAAAGAUUUUAGUGCGAUUAUAGAUCCAAAAGUAUUUGAUGAAGUAGAAAAAACAAUUGGAUGGUUCAUAAGUGAUUAUCCACAAUUAUUCAAUAUAGGUAUUUUAAAAUCAUUCAACGACAAACGAAUUGGUAGUCACGUCGACGUUAAAAAACCACAUUAUUUUGUUCACCUUAGUUUUCAAGAAUUCUUUGCUGCCAGCUACAUCGUUACUGGUCUUCGUAGUGGUAGACCAGAGAACUCAAUAAAUUUCAUCAAGGCUAACAAGUACGAUCAACGCUUUAGAUUAUUAUUAAGUUUCGUAUCUGGUCUCCUAACCAUAUACAAUGAGGAACAGCCAAUUCAAUAUUUUUGGGAUGCUAUAUUAAAUGAGCCAUUGGACUUAGUUGGGUUAAGACAUUUCGAUCUAAUCAUUUCGUGUCUUGAGGAGACCCGUGGCAGUCCUAGUAUACACAGACGCAAGGAAAUGAUUGAUUACAUAGUGAUGUGGAUUAAAAUCGGCGUCGACAUGAAAGAGAACAAGAUUCUGGAUUACAUCAAGCAAGCCUUGCAACGCUCAUAUAUAUUGGCUAAUGAGAUCAGCAUACAAAAAACACUUAUUCAGUUGAUGCAACGUGAAGUUCCUAAGACCAAAAUACUCACCUUACAAUUAAUUUCGAAAAUGCCAUUCUCGAAUUUCCCAGAAAAGUUAGUUGAUUUGAUGAUCAGAGAUUUAAAUAAUGAAAACUAUCAUCUGACUGAUGCGAUCAAACGAGCACUUUCUGAAAUCCUUGAACACAUGCCACACGAUGUUGUCCUACAGCGACUUCUUCACGUAUUUAUAAUUCAGGAAAAUACAAAACUUACAGAAAGAGUGUAUCAAAUUUUAUACCGUAUUGGUAACCGUUCUACCAUUGAUGCGACGAUUCAGGUGCUGCUAUUAGCUACUAAACAAGAGAGCAUAAACCUACGGCAAACUGCAUGUAAACUUCUGGGACACUUUGAUGCAAAAACAGCAACUGAAGAUGUAAUUAAAGGACUUUUAACCGCACUUACCGAUGUGGAACCGCCUGUCAGAGAAGUUGCAUGUAAGGUCUUGGCACGAUUCGACAAACAAGAACCAACUGAGGAGGUGGUCAAAGGACUUUUAACCGCACUUACCGAUAUCGAACCGUCUGUCCGAGAAGCUGCAUGUAAAGUCUUGGCACAACUUGGUGAGAAAGCAGCAACUGAGGACGUGAUCCAAGGGCUCUUAACUACAUUAAGAGAUGUGGAAACAUCAGUCAAAAAAGGGGCAUGUUACGCUCUGGCAAGUUUUGGUGAAAAAGCAGCAACUAAAGAUGUGAUCAGUGGGCUUUUAACAACACUUCGCGAUGUGGAACCAUGGGUUAGAGCAAAAGCAUGUGAAACGAUCGCACGAUUUGGUGAAAAAGCUGCAACUAAAGAGGUGAUCGAAGGACUCUCCACUGCGCUUCGGGACCAGAACUAUGCUGUCAGAGAAGACGUAUGCAAAGCUCUAGGAAGCCUUGGCGAAAAGGCAGCAACUAAAGAGGUGAUCAAAGGACUUUUAACUGCACUUAGCGAUGUGGAAAGCUCUGUCAAAGUAAGUGCAUGUAACGCUCUGAUACGAUUUGGUGAAAAAGCUGCAACUGAAGAGGUGAUCAAAGCAGUUUCCACUGCACUUCGCGACAAGAACUAUGAUGUCAGAGAAGUCGUAUGUAAAGUUCUGGAAACCUUUGGUGAAAAGGCAGUAACUAAAGGCGUAAUCAAAGGAGUUUUAAGUGCUCUUAAUGACCAGAACUGCGGUGUCAAAAAAAGUGCAUGCAAAGUCUUGGCACAAUUCGGCGAACAAGUAGCAACCGAAGAGGUGAUUGAAGGACUUUCCACUGCACUUCGGGACCAGAACUAUGCUGUCAGAGAAGACGUAUGCAAAGCUCUAGGAAGCCUUGGCGAAAAGGCAGCAACUAAAGAGGUGAUCAAAGGACUUUUAACUGCACUUAGCGAUGUGGAAAGCUCUGUCAAAGUAAGUGCAUUGUAUCAUAAAGAAGCAGUUGAGCCGUAUGUCGUACCAUUUGGAUCAGAUCACCCUGGCCAUGUUUUCCGAAACACUGUUGACACUGCUAUUACGAGAGCAGUUCGUUAUUCAACAACAUUAUCUCAAUUCGAAGAAGAAAUACGACAAAUGAAACUCAUGUUUCUCUAUAACGGGUACUCGCCAAGACAUAUCCAUCGGCGGCUCACUACAUUAUUUAGUAAAUAUUUAUCCAAGUAUUUCAUUUUGCCUAUGUUCAAUAACCCUGAUGACUUCGAUUAUUUACGGCAUCAGUUAUUGACAGUAUCAACAGAUAAAAUAUAUAAUAGAGCAACCAAAAGCUCAACUACCGAUCAAACCAGCGACAAAAAUAUGCAAAAUCAGCUUGUGCAACCUACAGACAACAAUGAAAUAACAAAAAGAAAAAAUCUCAUCAUUCAUAAAAGACAUGAGCAAAGACUCACCCAAAAUCAACAUCAUAUUCAUGAAUUGUGGAUGCGUACUUUUCAUGGAACCGACGUCACCAAUACUGCUCUAAUUGUUGGUACUUGUUUGAAUCGCAACUUAAAACAAGAAUUGAUGGUCAAGAUGAUCAAAUAUGUUCCGAAUGCAAGAAGCGACAAACAGGGCAAAACGCAACCAGAGACUGGUAAACAAACACAUAACUCUCAAACACAGCUAAACAGCCACUAA